AUGGAAGUUUAUAGGAAGAAGGAAGUAGUUCCUCUCCUUGAACGUGAAUUUACGUUUCAUCCCAUGAAUUCACAGAAGGAACAAAAGACAUUUCAAGAUGAACAAGAAACUGAUGAAGUGGAAGAGAAAUUUGAAGAAGAGAUCCUGGCGAUGGAAAACAGAAAGUGGAGGGGCGUGUCUUUGGUUUGGCAGGAUGCUAUUUUGCUGACACUUGACUUUCUACAGAUAUUUGCACUGAUUCAGUCCAUGGCCCUUCGCUGGACUUAUUCAUCUGACUGGCUGCAAAAGGGAUAUUUUUUCUUCUUGUUCAAUUUGGAUGUUUGGGAGUUCACCAAGCUUCAUAACAAUGUUUGGAUUGAUGUUAAGAGCUACUACACACCCAGUGCAUCUGUCCCUUUGUCCUUCUGGUAUAUCACAGUCGGCUGGUUUUCUGGCAUAGUAGGUUUAAUUCUUUUGUUUGUGGCAUUCUAUGCUUUCUUAAAAAUCCAUCAGCCCAGACGACUCGGGAACAAGUUGGCAUGGGUACGACGUAUAUUCUUUUACCUGGUGCAAAUUCUUACACUUCCAAUGGGAACAACCAUCGGCCACCUUCUCCAAUGUACAAACGGCAAUGUAGUGGAUGUGAUGAACGACGUGGAGUGUUUUACAGGGAUACACUGGCUGUAUGUUACAUUUGGCAUCAUCAUUGCUAUUUUUCUGUUCAUUGUGUUCCCUGCCUAUGUUGUUUUUAAGGUACGGAGGGAGUCUGUUGGUUCUUGUAGCAAACACCAUGAGUCAUUUCUGCUUCUGAAGGAGUCAGAGUAUAAAAUCGGAUUAGGUAAAGCCUGGUUGUACAGCGAUAUGUACUUGUAUUCGUCGUUUCGCUUCUGGGGUAUAUACCAUAGAGUAGUUGUACAGAUCGUGAAGAUGAUUUUGUUGAUCAUUUAUGUGGCAACAUUUAAGAAUAUUGUUACCCAGGCCUGGACUGUUGCUGCAUUCCUCGCUAUUUUCUUUGUCUUCUUCAUCUUCAUCCGACCUUACAGAUUAACGAGUUUCAACAUCAUGCUUGGGAUGAGUUAUCUCCUCUUGUUAGGCCUCACCCUGAUCGGAGCUAUGAAGACUGAGUUCAAUGCCUAUACUCUAGAUAAUCCUUGGAUGACACCCAGCUACAGUAUGUGGCUUAUUGGUUUGUGUAUGGUAUGCUGGGCCCUGAUCUGGGUUGUAUUUGUUAUAUAUCUCAUGUUCUAUAAGGUACGCCAUUGUUGUAAUAGCAACAAACUGCCACUGUGGCCAACUUUUACCAGCUCUGACGAGGAUUACAUCAGUCCAGAAGCUAGAAAGUUCCUCAAGACUUUCCUCAGAGCUCGCAUCAUUCUGGACAAAACUAAGGAGUCGCCUCCCAUAUUUGCUCAAGUUCAUGACCUUGCUCAGCAGAUCAAGGUUCUGAAUGUUUUUUGUCGUGAAGCUGAAUGCCUUGGUGAUGCCCUUCAUGGCAUCAUGUGGGACCUACUGGACGAGAUGAUUGAUGUGCACUCUGACCUCUCACAGAAAUCCCUGUUUGCUGAGACUGUAAAGGAGUCGAUACGCUACACAUCCCAAGAAUUCCUCAAACUCAUGCCAUCCUUUACACAGAGGUUAGCGCAGCGUGACUAUGACUUCAUCCUCAUCAAUCCUGUGAAAAAACGCAUGCUCCUCAAGAUGUAUUGCAUGGGGAUUUUUCUGAAUGGUCGAACUGAGAAGAUAACCAAAGCUCAGAUGCUGACCAAACCUGCUCUAGACACUAUCUGGCAGGAAACUGACCACAGGAGUGACGUGGAAGAGGGUUACUAUGAAGACCUGUAUCCGGACCCCUUGGAAAUCCAAUCGGAAUCUUCAGUCGACUUGUCCUUGGAAAGUGCAGACUCCGAUGAUGAUGUCAGCUUCAACAGAAUGUAUGGACAACUUCCUCAGGUGGAGACCCUCAAACCAGAUUUCUAUCGAUCAAUGAAUUCCCCGCGCCCUGGAUCUGGAUCUUCUGCAUCACUCCGCCCUGAUUCCGCUUUGUCUAUAACACGUCCAGGGUCAGCGUCAUCGCAGAUUCGUUCUGGAUUAGCAGCAUCCCUUCCCAGGUCUGCAGCCUCUCUCCAGCACCCUUCAUCUGGCUUCUUUCAGCGCCCAUCGUCUGGUAACUCACAUGGGAGUCAGGGCCAUGAUAAUCCAGGGUUUAUUCCGGAGGAGGAAGAGGCCCUACCGGGGUACAUAGAAGCAGUUGGUGAUCGUCCAGCCAGUCGAGAGAGCAUCAGUGUCAUUGAUAGUAAACAAACCGAUUUGGGGCCUGAAGGGAAUAAUAUACCAGACUUGUUACAAGCUGCUGAUGCUGUGAUCGACAUGGAAACACCAGCCAUACCAUCACAUGAUUCUCCAAAAAAGAAAAAAUUGAUGAAGAGAAGUUCAAGAAACAAACUGGCUGGUAGACGAGAAUCUAAUGCCUAAGAUCUGUGAGGAAGUCUAUAUUGAAAGGACAGACAAAAGAAAAAUACCUUUAUUAUUAUUGAAACAGGCACCAAAUGCAAAACCUGACCAAUUUUGUUUUUAAAGGUCGUGAAGCGAUAGCUCCAAUAAAUCAUGAUGUUGGAGAACUGAAAAUUUGAAACUGAUUAUUUGACAUUUGUUGCAAAGAAAGUCACAACCUUUUGA